UAUAAAUAAAUAUCAAAUAUGACAGCAGAAUAAGUCUUGUUAAAACUGGUUAUGUACCUUAAUCCAUUGUUUUGGUAUAAAUUCUAUUUCUAUGAAACGAUCUUCAUGGUCACUAUCACCAUCUUUGCUUUCUAAUACAUCAGAGGAUCAAAGCUUAACAAAAGAUUAGCCAAAAUUCAUAUGAAUCAAAUCAGCCUUGAGCUACAGAAAUAUUUUAAAAAUGUUGGUGAUAAGGAAUAGAACAUACUCUAUGAAUAGGAUAAUCCUCAUACUUACAAACUCUACGCCUCAAAUCAUCCCUCAUUGAAGUUUUGCUUAGUUGGAUUAUAUGUAUAUGUAUAAAAUUAACCAUCAGCUACACAGAAGAGAAAACUUGUUCAAUUAUUAUGGCUAUUAAUUUGUAUUCCCAUCCAAAGAGAGAUUGGUUAUAGAAAUAGGUGUGCAACCAUAAUUCAGAUAGUACAUCUGUUUUGGAAUUGUGAAAUAAAACCAGAUCAAGAGAAUCAAACAGGAAGGAUAUGAGGAUCUCAAGAAUAUCUGUCAUGUAUAUCGAUCAAAUAUAUCUAGAGACUCUGACAAUACCAGAAUUAGAUAAUUCUCUUUAAAUCCUCACAGAAUACGAUGAAAUUGCCCAAUCAAUUUGUACUCCUGAAAUUAUAAAACUGCUUAAUGCAAAUGAAAAGUCUAUUCAUAUCAUCUAUAUCUCUGAUGUUGACAGAGAUCCCGCAUGGUAUUCUUAAUACAUAUAUAUCUAAGCAAAAUCUGUGUUAAGGUUAUGACUAACCUAUCAACUAAUCCUGAUUAUCAAAAUCUAGUCUCAUUGGUUGUCCAACUGUCAUUAUAAAUUGCCUAAAUUAAAAUGGAUUUGAAAGUAACAUUUAUUUCGUAUUCAACUUAGAAAAUAAAUAAAGCUGGAUAGACACGUAGAAAAUUCAAUUCCAAAUUUAAAGAUUGAUUUAUAUCUGUAUGUAC